AUGUGGUUCCUGACGCCGUUCAAUCCAAUCCGAAGGACGGCAAUUUACGUCCUAGUCCAUCCCCUUUUUUCUGUCUUCAUCAUCGCCACUAUUCUCUGUAACUGCAUCCUCAUGAUCCAGACGCCGCCUUCUCCACAGAUCGAAUCGACAGAGUACGUGACAAUAGGGGUAGAUCUCGGGAACUUGGCGGCCUUGAGAACCUUUCGCGUUUUGCGAGCCUUGAAAACUGUUGCUAUCGUCCCAGGUUUAAAAACCAUCGUGGGCGCCGUGAUAGAAUCCGUGAAGAAUCUCAAGGAUGUGAUCAUGUUGACGAUGUUCUUUCUCUCAGUGUUUGCCUUAGUCGGGUUGCAAAUGUAUAUGGGUGUUCUGACGCAGAAAUGCAUCCUCAACCUACCGGAGGGGUUCAAUGCCACAGAUGAUCAAUGGUUCCGCCAUUGUAGUAACGAAACAAACUGGUACAUCGACCCAGAAACACAAAAAUACCCGGUUUGCGGGAACAGCAGCGGUGCGGGGCCAUGUCCAGAAAAUUACACGUGCCUGCAGGGGUUCGGCAAAAAUCCCGACUACGGGUUCACUUCUUUCGACUCGUUUGGUUGGGCCUUGCUUUCAGCGUUCCGCUUGAUGACGCAGGAUUACUGGGAAGGCUUGUAUCAGUUGAUGUGCUCAUUGAUGGAUUACUCGACUCUAACCCCUCGUUCCCGUUCCGGACACAAGAUACUGAGGUCAGCUGGCCCGUGGCACAUGCUGUUCUUCAUCGUGAUAAUUUUCCUCGGGUCCUACUAUCUGGUCAACUUGAUCUUGGCCAUUGUUGCGAUGUCCUAUGACGAAUUGCAGAAGAAGGCUGAGCAAGAGGAGGAGGCUCAAGCAGCAGCCGAGGUGGCACUCAGGGAAGAAGAAGCAAUUGCUGCGGGCGUCCGGUGUGCCCCAGAUGACGGGUCGUCGUCAGAGGGUCCUGGUCUGCUGAAAAGUCCGUCGGGAUUUUCCUACCACUCCGACGACGUUUACGUAGAGCAAAGUAAACCCGGGGAAGACAACAAGGACAUGAGUAUCCGGUCCAACGAAGAGCUCGACUCGGUUUCCGAGCAUCGGCAUCGAGUGAACGGAAAAAUACGGAAGGCCAGCUCCAGUCUCCCCGGGAGCCCAUUCACUUACCGAAGAAACUCGAGAAGCAGUCAUCAGCACUGGCGAAACGGGCGCAAGUACGGCGAUCGGAAACCGCUGGUAUUGUCGUCAUACGUGGACGCCCAGGAGCACCUGCCCUACGCAGAUGACUCCGCCGCCGCGACGCCCAUGUCCGAGGAGAACGGCGCCAUCGUAGUGCCGGUCUAUCCUAGCCUGGGCUCGCGGCACGGUUCCUACACAUCCCAUUUGUCCCGUAUCUCGUACACUUCUCACGGCGAUUUAAUCGCCGGCGGUCGGCCGAGUCUGUUGCCAGUUAAGCCUCCCGAUGGGUCCCAGUACCCGCGCCACCGCAGCAAACAUGCCCAGUCCGUAGUGCCUGAAGUUUUAUUGGAUACUUCGAAGCCUCAUUGUGGUGCAGAAUUGGUGCGAACUUUGGACGUAGAUCCCUCAAGGUUGAGGGAGCUUUUAACCCCAAAACACAGGCCGGACGGGGCUUCCGGCAAAGGCGACUCCGUCAUUGGUCAUUUCGUGCAGGAAAUAUUUGGGGAAGACUUGUUCAUUGACUACGUAGAUGAAGAGGGUGGAGAUGAGGGGCGCAAAGAUGGAGAUGGAAUUGCCAACCGCAAGCCGGUCGUCGUUGACAAUCCAUUCGUGGAAACAGUUGCCCCCGGGCAGAAACACCACCUUGACAUGAAAGAUGUUAUGGCACUGAAUGACAUCAUUGAUCAAGCCACUGGCCGGCAAAGCCAAGCGAGCAGCAGAGCAGAAGAGGAAGAAGAGCCUCCUAAAUUCAAAGACAGGAUGAUAGAAAUGGCGCAGAGAGGCGCAGAGACUUUCUGCGUCUGGGACUGCUCGUUCCGACUCAAUCCCGCCUUCAUCCUCGCCUCAUGUCUACUCCCCUUUUUCUUGCAGUUUUUCACCGCUACGUUCACGAUCGAAGCAUUCAUGAAGCUAAUGGCGAUGAGUCCAAAGUUCUACUUUCAGCAGGGUUGGAAUAUCUUCGACUUCAUCAUCGUUGCUCUGUCACUGGCUGAAUUAUUUUUGGCCAAUGUUUCCGGCUUAUCCGUCCUCCGCUCAUUCCGUUUGUUGCGAGUGUUCAAGCUGGCCAAGUCAUGGCCCACUCUGAAUUUGCUCAUUUCCAUCAUGGGGAAAACUAUCGGAGCGUUGGGAAACCUCGUCUUCGUUUUUGGCAUCAUCAUAUUCAUUUUCGCCGUCAUGGGAAUGCAGCUCUUCGGCAAAAAUUACGAAGAGAAGAAAGACCUCUUCCCGGAUAAAGAGGUGCCAAGGUGGAACUUCACAGACUUCAUGCACUCCUUCAUGAUCGUGUUCCGAGUGCUUUGCGGGGAGUGGAUAGAAGCGAUGUGGGAUUGCUUGCUCGUCGGGGACUGGUCCUGCAUCCCGUUCUUCCUGGCAACCGUCGUCAUCGGCAAUCUCGUUGUUCUCAACCUGUUCUUGGCCCUGCUGCUGUCGAGUUUCGGAGCGUCGAAUCUAAGCUCUCCGCAGACGGACCAGGACACGAACAAACUCGCCGAAGCGUUCGAGAGAAUCAAUAAAGGGAUUGGCUUCAUCAAAAGCAGCAUUGCCAACUUCUUCAAAGCCCUUCGAGAGAAGAUCACGAACCACAUUUCCGCCGACCGUGCCGCAAACGCAGAGAUGGAAUCUGGAAGCGAAGAUAUCUUGCCGCACGGUCAGAAGGAAAGGGGCCACGUGGAAAUUCCCAUGGACGGCCUCGACGGCAAGGAUCCAGGUGUUACGAGAGUACCUCCGGAAUUGAACAAUAAGGUGGUGGCGAACUCCAUCGGAAAGUCGGAUGUCAUCGAUGAAACGAACAUUCGGAAAGCGCUGCGGAUGCAGGACAUCGACGACAGUCUCAGCACGCGUUCUUUGGGCAGUCACAGGGACAAAAAGUACCAGCUCGCCAAUGGGAAGAACAGCCUGAGGAACAGCCUGGACAGCAUCGACGGCUCCGACGACGGCGACAUAAUGGACGAGCCUAGAAACGGAGAUAUUGAGGCGGAGGAACGCAUGAACCGCAGUCUGGACGCAGGCACGGCGGACAUCAUCAUCGGAGACACUCCUGCUGAUUGCUGCUCCGAGGGCUGCUAUCAACGAUAUGUGUAUCUCGUCAAGAGACCAUUGCUGCAGGACAUCCUGUACUACAUGGACAGGAUAUUCACCGUGAUCUUUUUCCUCGAAAUGUUGAUCAAAUGGCUAGCACUAGGUUUCAAUUCGUAUUUUCAUAAUGCCUGGUGCUGGUUAGACUUCAUCAUCGUUAUGGUGUCACUGAUCAAUUUGACGGCUUCUUUAGUCGGUGCCGGAGGAAUUCAAGCCUUCAAAACGAUGCGGACAUUGCGAGCUCUGCGUCCGCUGCGAGCUAUGUCUCGAAUGCAAGGAAUGAGGGUCGUCGUGAAUGCAUUAGUGCAGGCCAUUCCAUCCAUUUUCAACGUGCUACUCGUGUGCCUCAUCUUCUGGCUUAUUUUCGCCAUCAUGGGAGUGCAGAUGUUCGCCGGGAAGUUUGCAAAGUGCGUCGACGACGAGGGCGUUGUCAUUGCGGCGGAGAUCGUCAACAACUUUACGGAGUGUAGAGACAAAAACUUCACGUGGGUGAACGCCCCCAUUAACUUUGACAACGUGCUGCAAGCUUACCUUGCACUGUUCCAAGUCGCUACUUUCAAGGGUUGGAUGGAUAUCAUGUACGCGGCCGUGGAUUCACGAGGAAAUGAGAUGCAGCCGUCGAGAGAGGUCAACAUCUACAUGUACUGGUACUUCGUGUUUUUCAUAAUAUUUGGAUCGUUUUUCACCUUGAACCUCUUCAUCGGAGUGAUCAUCGACAACUUCAACGAACAGAAGAAGAAGAUGAGAGGCUCAUUGGAGAUGUUCAUGACAGAAGAUCAGAAAAAAUACUACGCAGCUAUGAAGAAAAUGGGCGGCAAAAAGCCCCUGAAGGCGAUUCCAAGACCAUCCUGGAGAAUUCAGAACUGGGUGUUCGAACUCGUGUGUGACAAGAAAUUCGACGUCUUCAUCAUGAUCUUCAUCGGACUCAACAUGGUCGUUAUGACUCUUGACCAUUAUCAGCAGUCAGACGAGUACGGAAGAGCUCUGGAAAUGGUCAACACCGUCUUCAUCAUCGUUUUCUCCUCUGAAUGCGUGCUCAAAAUUUUCGCGCUGCGGUGGUUUUAUUUCAAAGAACCCUGGAACUUGUUCGAUUUCGUCGUAGUGAUACUCUCCAUUCUAGGUAACGAUAUCAUCGAGAAAUACUUCGUGUCGCCGACGUUGCUGCGAGUGGUGAGAGUUGCAAAAGUGGGACGCGUUCUCCGGCUGGUGAAGGGCGCAAAAGGAAUUCGAACUUUGCUUUUUGCGCUCGCGAUGUCGCUGCCGGCAUUGUUCAACAUUUGCCUCCUACUUUUCCUCGUGAUCUUCAUUUACGCCAUCUUCGGAAUGUCGUUUUUCAUGAACGUGAAAUCCGUGGGGGCACUGAACGCCGUUUUCAACUUCGAGACUUUCGGACAGUCCAUGAUCCUGCUGUUCCAGUGCAUGACAAGUGCAGGCUGGGACUCAGUGCUGGCAGGGAUCACAAACGAAGACGACUGCAAGCCGCCGGAUCAGGAGACAGGAUUCCCCGGUGACUGCGGCUCGUACCCCCAGGGGAUAGCGUACAUGUUGUCGUACCUCAUGAUCAGCUUCCUGAUCGUCAUCAACAUGUACAUCGCCGUCAUCUUGGAGAACUACAGUCAGGCCACGGAAGACGUGCAGGAAGGACUGACGGACGACGACUACGACAUGUACUACGAGAUCUGGCAGCAAUUCGACCCGAACGGGUCACAGUACAUCUCCUACUCCGAGCUCUCCGACUUCCUCGACACGCUGGAGCCGCCGUUGCAGAUCCACAAGCCCAACAAGUACAAGAUCGUGUCCAUGGACAUCCCGAUCUGCAAGGGCGAUCUCGUGUACUGCGUCGACAUCCUCGACGCACUCACCAAAGACUUCUUCGCUCGCAAGGGCAAUCCGAUCGAGGAGUCACCCGAGCUCGGCAACAUCACUCCGCACGCGGACCGACCCGGCUACGACCCCAUCUCGUCGACCCUGUGGCGCCAACGAGAAGAGCAUUGCGUGCGAAUGAUACAAAGACUCUGGCGGCACAACCGCGUGCUCAAGCAGCAACGGCGCCUGCCCGCCCUCCCUGCGCCCCACGACGCCGGCGGCACCGCGCUCCCUCCGCCGCCGCAAGACACCGAGAUCGUGCUCGACGGCGCCGGACAGAGCUCGACGGGACAUAAAGUAGUCCUGCAUUCGCGCUCGCCGAGCGUUUCCUCCCGCUCCACCGACGUCUGA